CAGGUAACCAAGCACAUCGUCGUCUUCCCUAUGGGGGUCUUCCACAGUCAUUAUGACACAGCUGCCGAUUUGAUCUUUCUGUUCUGCCACUUGAGGGCAGCUGUUCGAUCGCAACCAUGACCGUCACCAAUGGCCGCGCCACAGGCGUGAAGGUUGUCACGCCGCUGGAUCCGGCUCGAUAUAUCCCAGUUGGGCGCAUGUCAGUCCCAAAGAUUGAACUCCAUGUACUUGGCGAGACUUGGCUACCACAAAGCCCUCAUUCAUGGUGGAUGUUUAGCGAGGACGGAGCAGAGACGCACCAGCUUGACACCAAUGGCCACCAUCUUCGGUUACCUCGCCCUGUUCAGAAGCGCUUGCUCGAGGUGCCACGAUUGAGGCAUCUUGCACGCCUCCUCCACGCACGGUGGGCUCGCCUAGAGAUCCAGGUGUGCGAUGUCGGUGCGAUCGGCGCCGUCAUUCGCGUACAUUUGUUGCCAGAUAACGUCUAUCGAAUAGAUGUGGACCGAUCCAUCCCCGGCCUGAUCCGCUCCAGGCAGGCAGUGUUGCGCGGGCUGGACUUUUCACCAGAAGCAUGGAAAACUCAGCGACCCAACUCGGAGGCGAAUCACAUUUCACUCUCAGAGCUUGGUCAAGAACACAAGGGAGAAGCAGUGUCGCUGCUUCAAGUGUUCAACUGUAUCCCCCCGCCAGAUCCGAACGUGAGCAAGGCAGCUGGGCCUCAUGUGCAAGAUGCCAUGCACAACCUGUUGGAGAGCUCAGUCUGGGGCUUGAAAACACCACUUCACUUCCACCAACGGAGAUCUGCUGCUCUUAUGCUGCAAAAGGAGGAGGCACCGGAAAAGGUCACGGACCCUCGCCUAGUUUCGGUGGCAAGAGACGAUGGCUCUCAUUGGUACAUCGACCCUGUUGCAGGCACAAUCCUAUCCGAGCCGCGGGUUUACGACGGAGUCCGUGGCGGUAUUCUAGCUGAAGAAAUGGGUUCAGGCAAGACUCUCAUCUGCUUGUCUCUGAUAUUGGCCAGCAAGGAUCUACCGACGAAAUGCCCGGAGCUGUAUCAAGGCGGCCCUCCACCCGUGCGUCGAAAAGUGGCCUCCCUCGCAGACAUGGCCGCUUCCUCGGCCACCCGACACGCUGCUCCUUGGAAACCAUUCUUCCAGAAUUCGAGAGAUAUGGAUUUUGCGCGCUGCACCGCCGCGCUUCAGCGCAACCCUGGGUACUACUUGCGGCUUCCACCGGAUGUGCGACGCGGAGUUCGUCGGGAGACUCCUACGCAGCCCAAGAAAAUUUACCUCAGCUCGGCAACCGUCAUUGUUGUCCCCGGCAACCUGCUCAUUCAAUGGAGACAAGAAAUUGCGACGCACACUCAUGGGCUCGAGGUACUGGUGUUGGAAAAUUCGUCUCCAAUGCCCAAGCCCAGACAGUUCCUCGAAUACGACAUUGUGCUCUUCUCCCAAAGCAAGUUUGAGCAGAUCGUCAAGACUGAGGGGGUUAUCGACGAAAGCCUUUCUUCUGUCCACUUCAAGCGCUGCAUUGUGGAUGAGGGACACAAGCUUGGAAAUUCUAGGAUUGGGCAUAGAAGCAACCUGCUGAUUGGACUGGACUCAAUGAUCUUUUCGUCACGCUGGAUUGUAACGGGCACUCCGUCACAGGGUCUGUUUGGUGUUGACGAGUCUCGCCAAGGAACAGAUCACGCAGGCAUCAGCGAUGAGAUGUCGCAUGCGAGCGGAAAAGAAAACAAUUCCGCUACGGAAAUGGAAAAGAAAGACCUACAGAGACUGGGAUCGAUUUCUUCCCUAUACCUCAAGGCGCGACCAUGGGCCAACACCAUCCAGGAAGGGGAGGACACACCAUCGGACUGGGACACGUAUCUGUUGCUCCCAAGGCACAAUCCUCGCAGCUACGGGCGCUGGGACUGCCUCAAGUCAACACUCAACUCCCUCAUCAUACGCCACCCCAUCGAACAACUGCAAGACAUGCUGCCGCCGGUCGACGAGAAAAUCGUUGUGCUCGAUGGCUCUUACCAAGACAAGUUAUCCCUGAAUGUUUUUGCAAUGAUGAUUAUUUUCAACUCCGUGCAAUCACAAAGGACGGACAUGGACUACUUUUUCCAUCCCCGGCAGCGCAAGAGUCUGCUGCAGAUUGUCCACAACCUCAAGCAGACGAGCUUCUUUGGUGGGUCGUUCUUCACGUCCGAUGAGAUUGCCAAGGCCGUGCAAACGGCUGAAGACUUCCUGGGGGAGAAGAAGGUACCGGUAAGUCACGAAGAUGAGUCAAUGCUCCGCGAGGCCAUUGCUUUAGGCCACCUGGCCGUCAAGAACAAGCUGAGAGGGCUCAGCAACCAGUUCCACGAAAUGCCCGUGUGCGUUCUGGACUUUCCUGCAAGGGCGGGGCAAGCAUGGUCGUUGGAUGGUGAAGACGGUGAUUCAGUGUGCACUUCGUCAAGCCUUCUUCAGUCGCUUCAAAAGCUGUUGUACCAUUCCGUCACAGAGCCCGAGAAACUCAACUCUCUUCUCAACGGCGGCCUGGUCCAAGAAGGAAUGAAAGAAAGAGAGAAAAUGCUCCCUACACAGUCGUCAGACACGGAGCGAAGCGACCAGGGGAAGACGAAGAGAGAGUCCGAGACCCUCGCUGGGAACACAAAGCUUGGUGUCGACAGUCCACGCAAGUCACGCCCGCGCGGUGUUGGUGUGACGAAGCCAAAGGACGACAUCGAUGUAGAGAAGAUGCCUGCGCCACUGCAGUCAACCGCAAUCACGUCUACAGUCUCUGCGAAGCUCUCAUAUUUGAUCGACUCUAUCACGGAGCAUCAGGAGCGAGAGAAGAUGAUCAUUUUCUACGACAACGAGAACGUUGCCUGGUACCUGGCAAGCAUGCUCGAUGUGUUGCAAAUUCAGCACCUGAUCUAUGCAAAGGGGCUCAGCACACAGAGACGGGCCCAAUACGUGGACACUUUUCACCGCAACUCGCGCUUUAGGGUACUACUCAUGGACCUGUCGCAGGCGGCGUUUGGGCUUGACAUGCGUGAGGCGUCGAGGAUCUACUUCAUCAAUCCCGUUCUCAACCCGCAAGUGGAAGCACAGGCCAUCGGCCGUGUUCGCCGGAUCAGCCAGCAGAAACCGGUGUCGGUGGAAACGCUCGUGUUAAAGAACAGCAUAGACGAGGUCAUCCUGGAGCGGAAGAAGCACAUGACACAAGCCGAACACCGCCGAGUCAAGUCGAUCUUGGACGUUCAAGACAUCUACAACUGGAUCAAGAACGCCACGAUCGUGGGCUUGCCCAAGACCGACGGCAGCAACGAGUCUCAAAUGACUCCUCUUCAGCCCGCACAGCACGUAUUCGGCCGUGGGUUCGGCAAGUCGGUCCAUCCUGACGAUGGUUUGAUGUCGGUGGAAAGCCCGACGCGGAGGACUAACGACCGAGAUCCGCCGAGGAGUCCUGUGGUAGUUAUUGGAACGAAGAGAGAUCAUGAUGUAGGGCCUGGACAAGACGCGGCGAUUGGGACAGACGAGAAAUUGGCACUCGUAUCGCGACCGGCUAGACGCGUGCGCUUUGUGGCCGAGUCUGACGAAGAAUGAUACAUGAUGAGGUAUUGGGCAGCAGCAGCCUGGGGAAAGGAGAACGGAGCUGCAGAGUGACAAUCUCUUGUCGCCAUUGCGCAAUCCGAUGCAGUACAUGAUUGCAGUGACGGAGCCGCAACGUGAUUGUAAUUUGGCCGGGACCUAGAAUAGUUGCCGCAGCCGGCCUAGGACAGUCACGGGGCGGCCAUGUUGUCCUAAGUCGCUAUCGAUGCCGAGCAUUGUGGGCUUCAGAUUCCAACAUGAAGAAACUGACUGGCCUUUGCUGCAAAUCAUUGAGCCCACAACAUCCACUUCUCGUCGUGGUGUAAUUAGAGCUGGCAAAAGCAUUAAACAUCCCCACCGGCGAAGUCCAGUUGCCGCGAGCAGGUCAGGCUUCGCAUUCGUGCA